AAUUGAAAGCUUCGAAUGCAAGCGGAUGUUUUUAUUAAAACGACGGCCAGUGGUCUAGCCUUUCCAGUCAGCAUCAGCAUCACCAGCACCCAUGUGCGUCUCUGAUCAAUUUCCAUCCAAUGGCCACAUAUUUAUCAAAUCCAAAUACUCCUUUCUCAGACCCCAAAACUCCUUUCUAACCAUCCAUCCUCAAUCUCCACCAAUAUCUAAAAACGGCAGUUAAUAAGCAAAAGCAACGCAAACAACAGAAAAGCUUAGAGAGAAGAGAGAGAGAUGGAGAAGGAGAGAGAGAACCUUGUUUACUUGGCUAGACUUGCUGAGCAAGCCGAAAGAUAUGAUGUCAUACUUUAGAGAUGAUUGAAGUCAUGAAGAAAGUUGCCAAGUUAGAUGUUGAACUGACUGUGGAAGAGAGGAAUCUGGUGUCUGUGGGAUAUAAGAAUGUGAUUGGGGCUAGGAGGGCCUCAUGGCGGAUUUUGUCUUCCAUCGAACAGAAGGAGGAGGCCAAGGGGAAUGAACAAAAUACGAAGAGGAUUAAGGAUUACAGGCAGAGGGUUGAAGAUGAGCUUGCAAAGAUAUGCAACGACAUCCUGUCAGUCAUUGACAAGCACCUCAUACCGUCAUCUACCACUGGUGAAUCUACUGUUUUUUACUAUAAGAUGAAGGGAGAUCAUUAUCGUUACUUAGCUGAGUUCAAAUCUGGGGAGGAUCGUAAAGAAGUUGCAAAUCAGUCACUUAAGGCUUAUGAGGCUGCCACAUCUACUGCCAGCUCAGAAUUGCCUCCUACUCAUCCAAUCAGACUUGGCCUGGCUCUGAACUUUUCUGUUUUCUACUAUGAGAUUUUGAAUUCACCUGAGAGGGCUUGCCACCUGGCUAAACAAGCAUUUGAUGAGGCUAUUGCAGAACUUGAUAGCCUCAAUGAAGAAUCCAAUAAGGAUAGCACACUUAUCGUGCAGCUUCUGAGGGACAAUCUCACUCUAUGGACCUCAGAUCUGCCUGACGAUGGAGGUGAGCAAGCUAGAGGUUACGACGAAGUUCAAGCUGAGGUGACGAAGUUCAAAUGGAGUUUAAAUCUCGGUGAUUUUUAGGUUAAAAAAUAUUUAACCCAUUGAUUUCAAGUUUGGGCCUCUUCCGAGGGCAUCUUAGUUUUAAAAUGUUACCUAUGAAUGAUUAGAUUCAAAUUUUCCAGAUAUUUUAUUUUUCUUAUAAAUCUAUGAACAGCUAAACAAUUAUUAAGUAGCAUUGAACUUCUUCUGGAAGUCAGUAAAAUGCAGGAUGCCUGAAAAA